AGCUGACUGUCAAAAACAGCCGCAAAAGUUUUUGGGUUUUUUCGAGUGUUUUUUUUGGUUGUUGAUCGAUUCUAUUAGAAAGAAGAAGAAAGCUUGUCGAUUUUCUGGAAAGAAUUAGAAAAAUUGGAAAAUAUAAUUGAAAUAAAAAGAAAAAACCUUUAAUAAAACAAAACUUAUGAGGGAAAAAACAUAAAUAAACAAUAUGGAAAAUGCAGAUGAGAUUGAAGUGUGUCAGAAUGUGGAGCCUCACGAAGUGGAGGAGACAGUCAAGUCUAAGGCGGUCGUAAAGUUUUCCCAGGUACAAGUACCGGUGAAAUUCAAUCGUUUGGAGUGUAAUACCAACUUGAAUCUGCCACCCUCUAAUUGGCUGACCACGGCCGAUAAUAGUUAUGGUCUGCACCAGGCUUUGUAUCACAGUCCUGGUUUUGCCAGUUUUCGCAUGGCCCAUAUGUUUCCCGAUUGUGUGGGCGAGGUAGAUGUGGUGGCAGAUGCUGAGAAUAUUAAGAAGUUGUUAAAACUCCCCUAUACCUCGCAAGGAGCUAUUAGUAUGAUAGUGCACAAAGUGGGCAAUACUAUUUUGCUGGAUGAGUUUGAUAUACAAAAGUAUUUGCUACGCAAGGCUGACGAUGAUUGGAAAUGGUUGAGAACUUUUAUAUUGGAACAGAUUUUGGCCUAUGGUGAGGGAGGCCAUAAUUUUUGUUUAAAAGACAAGUCACGUGAAGCUAUACAAACUAAGAAUUUACUUUCCAAGUUUUUAUACUACUCGCUAAAACAAUCUGGAGUUUCUGAGGUCUCCGAUAAUCAACAGAAAAGUACUGAGAAAAAUACCACUUUGCCCAUUAAAAAUCCUGUACUGCCAGAACCCAAAGUGGAGGAAAAUGUACCGGAUCCUCAUUCAUCUCAUGUCUUUCAACGUAAUGUGGUUUGGACCUUUGAAGAUAUACGCAUGUUAAUCGGUACAGAUAUGCCCAUAUUUGGAGGCCCUAAUCGCCCCUGUAUUAGUUUAAGACUGCGUGAUAUGACCAAACCAAUCAAUGUUUUGACUGGCAUAGAUUACUGGCUGGAUAAUCUAAUGUGUAAUGUUCCAGAAGUGGUGAUGUGUUAUCAUUUAGAUGGCAUAGUGCAGAAAUAUGAAAUCAUUAAAACUGAAGAUUUGCCCUAUUUGGAAAAUUCACAAUUUUCUCCACAAGUUGUGCGUAAUGUGGCACAAAAUAUAUUGGCCUUUCUAAAGGCUAAUGCUACAAAGGAGGGUCAUACCUAUUGGCUAUUCAAGGGUCGCAAUGACGAUGUUGUAAAACUUUAUGAUUUGACUACCUUGUGUAAGAAUCAAACAAAUGCCUCCGAAUGUGACGAAAAGCAAGAAAAUCCCUUUACCGUACCAGUGGCCAUGCUGCUCUAUACUGUGGCACGUAAUAUGAAAAAUCGUUCUCCUCAGAUAACCGCCAAAACUGCGGGAAAUAUUAGGGCUUUAUUGGACAAUUGUAUAAAGUUAUUGCCCAAAGAGAAAUAUCCUCAAAUUGUUACUUCUUCUCAUUAUAUACUGUCGGAUUUGCAUAUACCAGCCGGUAUAGAUCCCAAAGAUCCCAAAUUUGAUACCUGUGACAAUGAUUCCGAUACACAAUCCCUAUACGAGGAGGAGGAUGAAGACGAGGAAGAUGACGAGGAAUAUGGCGCCUUUAGCAAACAUGAAGAAUUAUUUAAUUUCCAAGAAUUAAGUAAAGAUCAAAAUGUGGCUGUCCAAAAUAUAUGUGAUACUCUUAAAGAGUUUAAUUUGGAUAAUAUUACCACUAAAACAGGCAGUCAAAGACCCUCACCUUUGGUGGCUUCGGUGGAAGAGAGAUGUUCCAUUGCCUUGGAACAUAUAAGUAAGGGUUUAUCCUGCUUGCAGUUUUUCAAUAAAAAUGAGGAGAAAUUCAUUAAAGAAACUGAGGCUCGAGCCAAAGAUGAAGAAACAAAAAUCAUACAUGAAGAACAAAAUCCCAAUAUGGCCAAACCUUUUAAACCUAUACCUUUGCCCUAUGAGUCACUGAACGCACAAAAGGCGCCCUUAUCUAGGAGUAAAUCAGUGGAAAGUGAUGAUGAGUCUGUAAAGGAAAUGAAAACAAAGAAAUCAAAAGUUAAAAAAUCUCAAGUUAAAGAUUUAAAACCUUUAACAACUGCCACCUCUCAACAGCAACAGUCACAGCUACCUCAACAGAUUGCUGUUAGUUUUAAUUCACAACUUUUUGGUUCCUGGAAUAUACAUCUUAAACUGUUGCUAUUGGAAAAAGCUUGCCUAACAUAUGCCACUUUGGCGGAACAUAAUUAUGUGGAACAGAAAUAUGGUUCAAGUUUAAGAGCCAUUUAUAUGUCUUGCAAAUGUCAGCAGGUGGUUUUGAAGUAUAUGAGUUCAUUAGUUUCCCAGAAGAGUUGUUUAUUGGGACGUGCUGGCGAUUGUCUAUUUCAAAUGACUAAAGAUUGGCAAAAUAUUGAGGGACAUUUAAAAGAUUUCAAUAGAAAAUACGAUGCGGAAAAGUUCAUACGCAAAGAAUUGGAAAAAGAGUUGGACACUGAUGACUGUUCGGAACUGAUUGAACCUCAAGAAAAUAUUGAAUUUUUAAUGGCCUCCAGUUGCGCCUGUUAUGAAAAUGCCUUAGAACAUGUAACCAGUUCGACGGGCGAUAAAGCAGAUGAGGAGGCACGACACGAACUAUUGAGACGUUUGGGUAAUGUACGCAAUGAAUUGGGUGUGAAAUAUAUGUUUUGGGCUCAAGAAGAAUACACCAAAUAUGUACAAGACCACAGCUCAGAAUUAUUCAAUACAAAUGAUACUGCACAACAAGAGGAAGCCAAAGAAAAUGCUGAAUCUAAGGCCGAUAAGGACAAGGAAGAAAAUGAUGACACCAAAAAGAAAGAAGAACCUUUAUAUUUGAAAUUGGCCAUGAAAUCUUACGAUUGUUUAAUACGUGGCAUAAAAGCUUUCAGUGUAGUUCAGGAUAAUAUUAAUAUGGCAUUUUUAUACUGCAACAUGGGUAGAUUUAUGCGUUUUAGGGCUCAUUUAAUGAUACCUAGUGAAUGCAUCGAUUUAAUACAACAACAAAAAAUGUUUUACAAUGAAGCAUUUUCGUAUUAUGAAAAAGCCAAAGAUGUUUUGGGUUCUCGUAAAUCGAAUGCCGAGCUGUGGGAUUUAGUUAAUUGGGAACUAUCGACUGCCACUUUUACUUUUGCCAAACAAUUGCAGGAUUAUAGUAGUGCUGAACAGGUUUGCCGCAAUGACUUAGAAAAGGAAGUUUUAGAUUUGUUACAAAAAUCAUUAAAAUUAUGUGAUGUUGAGCAUCCGGGUUCAAGACAAAUUCUGUAUACUUAUCGUUCAGGUUUAAUACACAAAAGAAUUGCCUCUUUCCACUACAGUCAGUUGCGUAAUAAUUGCACCGAUUCAGCAAGUUUGCCAAAAACUACACUACAACUGUGUAAAUAUCAUUAUGAAAAGUCCGCCAAUAUAUUGGAUUCCCUAAAAGAGGCCAGCGAUUAUUUGAUUGUGCAGUUAGAGCGUAUUUCUUUGCAAGAAUUUUUAGCAGAAAAUUCCAACAACAAUAUGAAGAAAAUCAAAAAUCUACAACAAGCAUUAGAAAUUUGUCUCAAUUCGAAAACCCUCUUCGAAUAUGCUGUUAGUAAUUUAAGUUCAGCCGAAUUGACAAAUUCAACAGCAAAUGCUGCUUCACAGAAUACCACAAGUGAAGUUGAAUUUCUAAAGCAUAUUCUAUUGUUUGAGAGUCGUUUACAAUAUGCCCUGAAAACUCUUAUAAAACUAUGGCUAAGUGGUGUAAAGGAUACCAAACAACGGGCCGAAUUGUACAAGAAAAUGUAUAUGGAAACCUUGAAUAUUAGAAAAGUAACAGGGGCUCAGCAUGCAGAGCAUGGUGUUAAAGUAUUGGCACAACAAUUUGCAAAUCUAUUGGAGAGACUGACACAACUGGAACAAAUACAUACAAAUAAUAUAACCAACAAUAAUAAUAGUAAUACAAGCUGCUAAGCAGCUUAAUAGCUUUUUGUAUUUAUUUAGUUUUCUUUAUAUUAAGUUAAAUUUUUUUUUCACUUACUUCCCUUUGCUUUAAAAGAAUGUUUGGUAUAAUGUUUUUGUGUUUUGUAACCUUUCCCCAACCCAGAAAAAAAAAACAAUUAUUAUUUAAUUAUUUAUUAAUAGACUUAAUUAAAGCAACCAGAUAUUAUUUACACUUAAAAACUUUAAAACUUUUCUCUUUACACAAAAUAAACAUUGAAAAUGUUUGCUAAAAUUUUAGCUGUUUGAAAUACAAUUUACUUUAUACAAUUUUUAAUUAUUCAUUCAUAAAUAACAUAUCACAAUGUUUGUUUCUUUGUUUUAUAUUAGACAUUUUAUAUAAUUAACCAGACUUUCGACCGCAACCACAAUCAUGAGCAGCUUCAUUAAGAAGAACUUUUUCACCAGCAAUUAAAAUGAUGUGUGUUACAAUUAUCAACACACUUAGUCCAUGGUAAUACUUUGAAAUUGUUUAGAAAGAAAAAACAAAAUAAACAAAAACAAAUUUUAAACAUUUGUUAACAUU